AUGACUGGACGCGGCAAAGGUGGCAAGGGCCUCGGCAAGGGUGGUGCGAAGCGACACCGCAAGAUCUUGCGAGACAACAUCCAAGGUAUCACCAAGCCAGCCAUUCGACGUCUCGCUCGCCGUGGUGGUGUCAAGCGUAUCUCAGCCAUGAUCUACGAAGAGACCCGUGGUGUUCUCAAGACCUUCCUUGAGGGUGUCAUCCGUGACGCUGUCACCUACACUGAACACGCAAAGAGAAAAACUGUCACAUCCCUCGACGUUGUCUACGCCCUGAAGCGACAAGGCCGAACCCUCUACGGUUUCGGUGGCUAA